GAUUAUUCUCCGUCCAGCAGUGGAUUAAAGUAGACGUGAAAUUUGUUUCAUUCCGAAACAGCAACUAUGGUGCAUAUUAAGGCAACACUUUUGGUCAUUUUGGCGCUCACAACAGUGGCGUUCGCCUCACCAAGGUUUGCAAGAGAUGCCGAUUCUUCCUCGGAGGAGUCUGCCGAAACGGGUGAAAUUAUGAAAGAGCUGCAGGAAUUUUGCCGUAACAACAGUGGCUCCGAUGCAGCCUUCGUUACGCUGAUGGAAUCGGCCCAGACCACCUUUACGUGCUUUGUCGGUGCCAUCGAUUUGGACGCGUUCAUGAGCGACCUGUACACGCUGUCGAAUGAAACUCGGUCGACGUUUUUCCCUCGCUACUGUCCUCAGCUGCGGACGGCCUAUAAGUGUACCGAUCAGCUGUUGAAUGAUUUCCGUCCGUGCCUCGAGGAGGAUGACUUCACGAUCGUGCAGGCACUGUCCGGCAUCAUUCCCGAUGCCGUGGAUCUGAUGUGCAAGAAUGAGGGAGAAAUCUUGUUCAAGCUUGAAGAACCAAAGUACGCGGACUGUGUUGCCAAGAUUGGAGACAACUUCAAUGAGUGCAUCAACACGUUCCUCAACGGAACUGAUGACUGGGAUAUCUCUCACCUGAACCAGGAUCAGUGCAACACCCUCACCGGUUUCCGGCAGUGCGUGGAAAGCAAGCUGAGCAUUUGCAAGGCACCGGAACUAAUCAGCGUGUACGAUCUGUUCCACAACACUCUCUUCCGCAUGACGCCGUGCCGUAACUACGUGGAUGUUCCCAAAGUCGUGGUCCUUGAUAACAACGAACUUAACGAGGUUUAGCUCGGUACAAGCGACUUGCUACCAUCGUACUAUCAGGUUUGGGUUUUUUAGAUUAGAGGGGUUUUGUUUCUGUAAAAUAAACAAAAAUGAUUCUGUAUUGAAA